UGAAAUCUUUUUAGUCCCUGUAUAAUAUAGGCUAAUUUGAAAGAUGGAAAGAUACAAAGGUUUGAACCAAAGUAUAUUAAAUAAGUAUAUGGAGCUUGAUACAAGAGGAAGAAUUCAAGCAAAUUACAUAUGGAUUGAUGGUUCAGGUAAAACGCUACGAUCAAAAACAAAAACCCUUGACUAUGAACCUGAAAUUCCUGAUCAGUUGCCUAUAUGGAAUUUUGAUGGUUCUUCAACUGGCCAAGCGACUGGAAAAAACAGUGACGUUUAUUUGCAUCCAGUUGCAAUAUUCCCUGAUCCAUUUAGGCAAGGUAAACACAAACUUGUUCUUUGUGAAACUUACACUUACGACCACAAGCCAACUGAAUCUAACAAGAGAAAAUCUUGUAAAGCUGUUAUGGAGGCAGUAAAAGAUACUCACCCCUGGUUUGGUUUGGAGCAAGAGUAUUCAUUACUUGAUCGUGAUGGUCAUCCCCUUGGCUGGCCAAAAGGUGGAUUUCCUGCUGCUCAAGGACCUUACUACUGUGCAGUUGGAACUGGAAAAGUUUUUGGUAGAGAGGUGAUGGAAGCACAUUACAGAGCAUGUCUUUAUGCAGGAUUGAAAAUUGCUGGUGAAAAUGCCGAAGUCAUGGCAUCACAGUGGGAGUUUCAAAUUGGACCAUGUGAGGGAAUUGAAAUGGGUGAUCAACUUUGGGUUGCUAGAUAUUUACUAGAACGAGUGGCUGAAGAUUUUGGCAUUGUUGUUACGCUUGAUCCUAAGCCCAUUCCAGGAAAUUGGAAUGGUGCUGGAUGUCACUCAAAUUUUAGCACACUGGAGAUGCGAGAGGAGGGAGGAAUAAAGAAGAUAUACGAAGCGAUUGAUUGGUUAUCUAAAAAUCACAAACACCACAUUCGUUGCUAUGACCCAGCAGGCGGCAAAGAUAAUGAGAGACGUCUCACUGGUCAUCAUGAAACUUCUACAAUACAUGAAUUCUCACAUGGUGUAGCCAAUCGUGGUUGUAGUAUUCGAGUUCCACGCCAAUGUGCUGAAGAUGGCUAUGGUUAUUUAGAAGAUCGAAGACCUGCUUCAAACUGUGAUCCUUAUGUGGUUACAGAAGCGCUUGUGCGCACAGUUAUUUUAAAUGAAAUAGUGGAUGAAUAAAUUCAGUGAAAAUAA